AUGCCUACAGGUGACGUUAAGCUGAAGUGAAAUGAACUGAUAAAAAUAAGAAUACCAACGUAAAUUUCAAUCUUAAGAAGGGCACUUUCAGUGUCUUUAUCUAUUUAAAUGACUGUGGCAUGGAAUUACAUAAUUGUUCUGAAUUCGUCAAACAUAUUUUAAGGUCCACAAUGCAGUAUGACACCAUAGUGAUAGGGUUGGGGUCUGCUGGAGUGACGGCAGCGUCGACUCUCGCUAGAGCAGGGAAAAAAGUCCUGGGCUUGGAGGCUCAGGAUCGUAUCGGCGGUCGUGUCAACACGGUGCCUUUCGGUGAUGGCGUUGUCGAGCUCGGUGCGGAAUGGAUCCACGGUCAGUACCCCAGCAGGGUGUACGACACCGCAAUCCAGAACAAUAUCACCGUGCUCUCUCAGAACCUAGACGUGGACGUGUAUCGGUCUGACGGGACCAGAGGCGAUCACGAGCUGGUGAACGAACUGAUAACGUAUUGCUUGUCUUUGGUCGAUGACACCAACACUCAAGAGGAUUCUUUGGGCGCUUAUAUCACUCGGAAGUGAGUAUUUAGGGGAUUUGAAACCUAUUUCUUGAAAUCCAUCCAUCCAUUACAGCCUAUUAAAGUCCACUGUUGAACAACUUUGCUAUAGUUGUCAUGCUUGGCAAGCGAGUUGGCAACCGCAGUUUGUUGUAAUUAUUUUGAGUUUUUAUCAGGAAUAUGCUGCCGUUCAUCACUUGUUUCAAUUUCCCUCUGUCGCCUCAAACGACACGCACGGGACGAUAUGGGGUAGUGGGUAUUCUUACACCGCCACUACACGGUACGGUUUCUUGUCACCUUAGCAUUAAGUUAAGCUUAAAGUUUCAUCAAGUUUAAAGUUACAAAUUGUUGUCCUGCAAACCGAAUUUCGGUUACGGAGGCUGGUCUCAACGGAGACAAGCAUGGGCUUCCCGAGAAAUUGUGCAAUUGGAUCACCAGUUUCUUUGCAGAUCGGAGCAUCAAGGUCGUUGUAGACGGUGCAUGUUCUGACUACAAGCCUAUUAACGCUGGUGUUCCACAAGGCUGUGUGCUAUCACCAACGCUGUUUCUUCUGCAUAUCAAUGAUAUGUUGCUAACUGGUAACAUUCAUUGCUAUGCGGAUGAAAGCACUGGUGAUGCUCUAUACACCGGCCGUGCCAAUAUUUCUCGGAAAAACGUCACCGAGUACCGGAACAAACUUGUGUCUGAAGUCGAGUCUUUGCUGGAAAAAGUCUCGGAUUGGGGGCGACUAAAUCUAGUCCAGUUUAAUCCUCAGAAGACACAAGUUUGCGCGUUUACCGCUAAAAAGAACCCCUUUGUCGUAUCUCCUCAGUUUCAAGGCACUCCCCUUCUUGCCUCAGCCAGUAUCGGUAUCCUCGAAGUCGACAUAUCGAGUGACGUGCAGUUUCGUGGGCACUUGCAAGAGAAGGCCAAAUUGGCCUCUAAAAAGCUUGGCGUGCUCAGCAGAGCGGGCCGGCACACCGCCUGCAACUUAACAAGGCGCAGGUUCGGCCUCACAUGGAAUACUGUUCCCAUCUCUGGGCAGGGGCUCCCCAGUGCCAGCUCCUUCCACUUGACCGCAUCCAGCGCAGAGCGGCUCGAAUCGUCGACGACCGAGCCCUUUCCGAUCGGCUCGAUUCAUUGGCACUGCGAAGAGAUGUUGCAUCCCUUUGCAUUUUCUUUCGCAUCUACCAUGGGGAGUGCUCUGAGGAAUUGUUCGGAUUAAUCCCAGCCGCCAAAUUUCACGAACGUACAUCGCGGCAGAACUCCCGAUACCAUCCACACCAUCUGGAUGAUUGGCGGUCCACCACUGUGCGAUUUAGAAGAUGUUUUCUUCCUCGCACGACUUCCUUGUGGAAUCGAUUACCAUUAGCGAUUUUUCCGAACCGAUACGACUUAGGGACCUUCAAGAAAUGAGCGUACUCCUCUUUAAAAGGCCGGCAACGGAUCUGCAAUUCCCUCCCUGGUGUUGCAGUUGUUCAUGGGCGGCGGUAGUCACUUACCACCAGGUGAGCCGCAUGCUCGUUUGCCCCCUCUCCUAUAAAAAAAAAAGCAUCCUGUGUUGGACAAGGUUGUAGUGCACGAGUGUGUGUGCAAGCACAAGUGCACUAACUGUUUCCUCACUCUCAGUCAUUAUUCAUAAGGGCGACAAGCGAGCACACAGUCUACCUGAUGGUAAGUGGAUACUGUGGCCCAUAGAUAUACACAUCUAUCCUCGAAAAUGAAAAUGUAGAUGCGUUGUCAGCCCUGAUAACUAAGAUGGAAUGCCUCAUUACUAUUGAAAAAGGUUUCCGGUUCUCUACACUCACUAUACGAAAAACAGCAGCAUUAAGCUGCUAUUUCACGCUCCAUCUUUAGAGUCGACCCAUUCGUGCUACAACCAUAAUACAGCUCCACCUCAUAAAAGUAUUUAGUUUCAAAACCGGUAUACUAAACCACAAAAUAUUUACCUACCCCC